AUGCAAUUCUCUAUCGCCGCCGUUGCCUUGUUGGCAUCCGCCGUCAUGGCACACAAGUCCCCCGCUGCUGAGUCCACCGCAUACUCCACGGUCCAGGUCACCAUCACCUCGUGCCACCCAACCGUCACCGACUGCCCAGCCCGUUCAACUGUCACCUCUGCCUCAGUUAUCACCUCAGUCCCCAGCUACGCCAACUCCAGCGCCCCCGUUGUCCCAACCACCGCUGUCCCAACCGUCAUCGAGACCCCGGCCCCAGUUGUCCCAACUCCUGAGGUCUGCGUCCCAGAGACCGUCACCAGCACCGUCACCGUCACUGCCCCAACCGGUGGUGUUGAGACCCCCGUCUCUCCUCCAGUUGUCCCAACUGGCGGUGUUCCCGGUGUUGCUUCCCCAACUGCUAGCGUCCCCAAGAACGUCACCGCCCCAACCAGCCCACCUGAGUUCGCCAACGGUGCCUCCGGUGUCAAGGGCUCCAUUGCGUUCGCCGCUGUUGCCGGUGUCGCCGCCUUCAUCUUCGCAUAA